GAUAAACUGGAAAGAGAAAGAUAAAAACAACGCUUUCAAUUUAAGAUUUCAAUGUAAUCCGUGGAGUCACUGCAACAAUGACGGAACAGCAACAAGAAAAGCGCUACGAUCCUAAAGACACAACACUCAAGUUUGUUUCGCGCCAGGAUGACAUAACUCUGGAUGAUGACCCAGACAUUCUUAGAGCUGAGAUGUCAUGUGGCCAUGCAGUCACUCCAGAUUCACUUACUGGAUGGUGUCGUAGUCUACUUGACCAGGGGCAGUACAAGUUCAUGUGCCCUGCGCUUAAAGAUGGAACAACACAAAAGUGCAAUGCAGAAUGGCCGUACGUGGAGGUGCGGCGAUUGGCUCUGUUGACACAAGAGGAACAAACCCAUUUUGAAGAAACAUUGGCUGCCCUGGCUGCAGCCGAAUACUGUGAACACAAAACAUGUCCUGGAUGUCAUUCAUUCGUUGAGAGAGGCGAUUUAACCAACCUUUGUGUCAUGUGCACUAUCUGCACAGCUGAAAUGAAUAAGACAUUUCAGUUUUGCUGGCAGUGCAUGAACAAGUGGAAAGGUCCGGGCCCGCGUUCUGACCGCUGUGACAAUGCCAACUGUGUCAAUCCUGACAUAGAAAAGUUGUCAAAAUGUCGUAAUGUAACACUGCCUUCUGUUCAAAAUGUGACUUGUCCCUCCAUGCGAGCUUGUCCUACUUGUGGCAAUCUGGUGGAGCACGACACGACUGGAUGCAAGAAUAUCAUAUGUAAUCGUUGCACAGUUGAAUUCUGCUUUGUCUGCCUGAAAAUCACUCGAGAGUGCUUGCAAACAAGCACACAUUUUAUGCCCUGUUCGGGUGGGGUUGCACCACGGCAGACCUCUAUUCCAUCCUGGAAUAGAAGAUAAAUGUCUGUAAUAACGAAAAUGGGUAACACUUUACAAGGUUGAAUUUGGUUACAUUAGUUCAUGCAUUAGCUAUCAUGAACUAUCAAUAAGCAAUACUGCUACAUUUAUUAAUUAAUCUUAAUUCAUGUUAAUUUAAUAAGAUUAAUCCAGGACUAGGCCUUAGUUAUAUUGGGACAUUUAAGUAGUUUUUUACCUUACAAAAUAGGCCUACGUAGGUGUGCAUCUUGAAAUAAAACAAUGGCACUGAUAUACAUUAAGACAGUGGUUCUCAAACUGGGGGCCCUGAAAUGGUGCCAUGUUAUUAAAAUACAUUAUUUAUCAUACAUUUUGUGUAAUUAAACCUCAGAAAAAAUAAGGCUACUAACCAACAGCAUUACAUUAUAUAAUUUAAUGUUUUGGAAUUUUAUGUCAAAAUUUUCCUUUGGGGCAUGAAGGGAUGCACUGUACACAAGGGGGGGGGGGCACACGCUGAAAAAGUUUGAGAACCACUGUGUUAAGACAUGUCAGUACAAGAUGUUUUUAAAUUAAGCCAGCUUUAACUUAGUCUGGGACAGCUCUGUCCGGGAAACUGCCCCUUUAACUGUUAACAUUAGUAAAUGCACAAGGAUCUAACAUGAAUAACGGUUUUGAUAUUAUCUAACAUUAACAAUAAUUAAUAAAAGCUAAAAAAAUAAAUUGUUUAUCGUUUGUUCAUGUUUUUUAAUCCAUUUACUAAUGUCUACUAAUACAAUCUUACUGCAAAGCAUUAAAAAAUGUCUUAAUAUUUUACAGGCUGCAUUAAAAUUGUGUGUUUCCUCUUCACUAUACUACAUAAACAUUUUCAUAAAUCAUGUAAACUCUGUCUAAAUUUCUAUAUCCACUAUAUGUUUAUUCUUUUAUUGAUUGUUUAAUUAAUUCUGUGUUAAAUGAAAUAAAAUAAAGGAAGAAAGUAAAGUGUGAA